GUUUACACCCGAAUUGGGGAACCAAAGGCACUGGACUUUUAAAAACAAACAGCUAAAUCCUGUGUUUCUAUUGGCCGUGGCUCUCUUCCUCGCAUCAACAGUAGGCAGGACCCUAAACCGAAAGGCGGUUUUGGAGAAAAGAGGGCGGAGCAAACAGUGCGCGCGCGAGAAUUUGAAGUGCGGCGGUUGAGGGCGAGGGUCGUUUUGUUUUUUAAGGCGGCGUUGUGAGAUUCAGCUAUGGAGAUUUAUCUGGAACAGUUGGAAACACUCAAAUACAGCGAGCUUCAGCGCCUGGCCAAAGGAGCAGGAUUGAGAGCUAACGUCAAGGCAGACAAGCUGUUAAAAGCAUUGAAGCAUCACUUUUAUGAAAUACAAGAACAUGAAAAAAUAGUCAGCGAAAGAGACUCCUUCUCUUCUGUGGAUACUAAGGCACUUGAUGGCAGUCAAAUACCUUUAAAUGUGUCCUUUGCCAUCCAGAGGUAUAGAAAAAAGAAGGAAGAUGAUGAUGAUCUGGGAAAUCCAGAAGGAAAAACUGUUCAUGAAGAAAAUAAAGAACUCUGUCCAGAGAAAGAGGUUUUUUCUGAGCUGAAAGGAAGAGAAGAGCCACAGAAUAGUGGACCUGAAAGGACAGUGAAGAUGAACCAAUCUGAGUAUUUGACAAGCAGUGGAAUCACAAAGAAUGUAGCCACUCCAAGUCAAUGCAAAAAGCGGAUUUCUACUAAAUGCAAAAGACUUGAAAGAAGGACUCUAGUAGACCCUCUUUCUGGAAAGAAACCUGAAUACACAACUAGUCUGUCCAAAUCUGGGAGAACAGGAUUUGCUUCUAGUACUCCAAACUUCAAGAAACUGCAUGAGGCUCAGUUCAAGAAAAUGGAAUCUAUUGAUGAUUACAUUGAAAGGAAAACAGUGAUUAAAAACUUCAGUAAUUCAGUUAAUAAGGUCAAGAAGCAGGCUAAGAAAAACAACCAUCUGAAGACUUCUCGGAAAGUCACUCCAAACAGUAACUCCAAGACAUGUUCCAGUGUCACAGAGUUUUUAUUAAGCCCUCAUCCCCAUGGGAACAAUCGUGUGGCUACAUGUACCCCUGCAAGCCUGCGGCGCUCACCACACAGUUCUGUAAGCAACGGAAAUAAGAGUAUUUUAACACGGAAAUCAGCAUUCAAUUCUACCAGUCUCUCUGCAAUCAAAAUGAAUGUCAGAUUUUCAGAAGCCACCAAGGAUAAUGAACACAAGCGCUCUCUUAUCAAGACACCAUCUAGAAAAUCUCCAUUCCUGAACACCUGCACCCCAGAUGGCCAGAAGAGCAGUAUAUCUGUUUCUAGGAAGGACUUUGGGGGAAGCACAACAAAAUGUCAGUUAAUAAAAAGCUCAAACUCUGCUGUUAUCUUCAAGUUUGAAGGGCCAGCAGUAGAACCUUCAAGCACCAAAAAGCCAGCAUUUGACCUCAAAGCUAGUCUGUCAAGGCCACUUGGUUAUCAGCCUCACAAAGGAAAACUGAAACCUUGGGGUAAAUCAAAGGAAAACAUCCAGAGUGUACACUCCCACAAGAAAGAUUAUAAACAGCCAGUUCCCGCAACCCGAGAGGAGAGGAGACAAAGACAUGAAGAAGGGAGAAAACUGAGAAAAGACAAGGCAGUUGGAAUCCGUAGAGGAUUGACUCUUGUUUAGGACUACCCCUCAAGUUGCUCUGUAAAUAAUAUUCUACAUGCAAAAUUACUUCAUCCUUUGUAAAUAUUUCUUUCUUCCCUAUUCAGUGACUUACCUAAGACUGUCUGUUGGCUUUAACACUGUUUUAGUUAUUUUAGCUAUUGAGACUCACGAUCUUGAAAGGCUGUAAGCAACGAAGUGCAACUAUUGCACUGUAAUUUUUUUUAAUGUUUUAUCAAACUGCUCUAGACUGGAUGAAAAUCAACAGCUUUCUGUGAAAUGUUCUUUUUAUUGUACUUGAUGGUGCAGACAAAAUACAAAUGUUUUUAUAUGCAUGGCUAACUUGAGAGAAAAUAAAUGUUCGGCAAUUAUAACA